GAGGGGGGCGGGGUAUUUUUGCUUUUGCUCGGAAGUUAUAGAGGGGACAAGUUUUGGUGUGGCACCAAGAUGGCGUCCUCUUUUCUCGUCGCUUGUGGCCGUGGUGCGGCUUUCAAGAUUUUAAAACUGCAAGAAUGGAGUCUUCGAAGUCUACCUUCCAUUGUUUCUGUGUGCACCAAUCCAGGGGACUCUGGAAAAACCUCAAGAAAAAAUAAAAGUGAGAAUGUUAUUAGCAGUAUACCUGAAGAAACUGUAAAGUUAACAGAUGAAGGCCUGAAGAAAUUCUGGGCAAAUAAAACACUGGUAACAUUUCCUCAGAGAGCAUCAAUUCCUUCUCUUGAGAGAGAGCCUGGGUUCUCUUCAACAGGAGGCUCAAAUGAGAAGCCAGAUGAAAAGUCAUCCUCUUCAUCAAGCUCUGAAUCAGAUUCUAGCUCUGAUGAGGAAGAUAAUGUCAUCAAAGACACUCUGAAAACCAAGGUAGAAUUUCCAAGUCGAAAACCCAUCUCAUCUGAGGAGAGAAUGGUGAAGGAAAAUACAAGUGACCAGCAGUUUCCUCAAAGUCAAAAAGAAGACAGUGCACCUGAGAAGUGCCUUGACAGUCCCAUAAUCACCGAGUCACCAUUCAAGGAAAAGGGAGUGGUACUUCCAAGACAAGAUCCCAUCUCUUCUGAGAAUAGAACUGUGAAGGUAACUACAAGUAAGCAACAGUUUCCUACACCAGAAAGUCAUGCCCCUCAAUGCAGUCCCAGAAUCACUGAGUCUUUAACCAAAGAAAAGGGAGUGCAUCAGACAACAGAUGAUAAAUUGUUACAAGCAGAAUCGGUGAAACAUGCCGCAAAACAAUCAUCUAAAGAAACAUGUUUAAAGGGCACAGACUUUGGAAUAAAACCUGUAGAGAGUCAAAGACAUACAGCUAACCAACUGGAGACAUCUGUUCAUGAAGCAGCUCCUAGUAAAUUGUCUAAAACUCUGCAACAAAGCAUGAUGACCCAAAGUCUGACUUUGCUGAGACAGGAAGAAAGUGCAGCAAGGGGAGUACAAGAUGCUGAAUCACAAGAAAGAGGUACUACAGAAGUGCAAGAGGAGCUUUUGGAUGUACGUGUGGUGGAAACUUCCAUAAAGGAAGAAAUCACCCUGGAAACGGGAAUUCAAGGUGAAAAACAAAAACUGGAAGUUAAGGCAGCAGUUGAAACUGCCCAAGAAGCAACUGACAUUUCUACCUACAAGAACUUGCAACAUCAUGAGUAUACACCAUUCACCUUUGUGAAUUAUGAUGUUGAGCUUUCAAAAUUCAGGCUGCCUCAGCCAUCAUCUGGAAGAGUAUCCCCUAGGCACUGAAUCACACCAAAAUCAGAUGUGGAAAUACAUAAAUGAAUAAACUGACUCUGAAAAGGAAGUAAUAUUUGUAUAAUAAAGUGUUGUAAAUGAG